AUGUCGUCGUCGUUGUCCGGUGAGUUGCCCUGCUACACGUUGAUUCACGUGCCAAGCGACUUUGAGGUGCCCAGUGAAGUGCAGCUGAAGGAGAAAUUCGAGAGAGGUGACAGUAAGGCGAAGACGGAUGCGCUGAAGAAGCUGAUUCUGAUGAUAAUGAACGGCGAGAAGAUCGGGCAGGGUAUGAUGAUGCAUGUGAUCCGCUUCUGCUUGCCCACCUCCGAUCACACAAUCAAGAAGCUGCUGCUGCUCUUCUUCGAGAUUGUGCCAAAGACUACUCCGGACGGGAAGCUAUUGCAUGAGAUGAUUCUGGUGUGUGAUGCAUAUCGCAAGGAUUUACAGCAUCCCAAUGAAUUCAUUCGAGGAUCCACCCUCAGAUUUCUGUGUAAACUGCGUGAGCCGGAACUUCUGGAGCCGUUGAUGCCUGCAAUACGUUCCUGUCUCGAGCAUCGCCACGCGUACGUUCGACGGAACGCUGUCUUAGCAAUAUUCACCAUUUAUCGUAAUUUCGAAUUCCUGAUCCCAGACGCGCCGGAGUUAAUAUCGAAUGUGCUGAACAGUGAGCAGGAUGCAUCGUGUAAGCGGAAUGCAUUUAUGAUGUUGCUUCAUGUGGAUCAAAGCCGGGCACUGGAUUAUCUGUCUGAAGUGAUGGAUCAGGUCACUGCAUUCGGUGACAUCCUCCAGCUUAUCAUCGUUGAACUUAUUUACAAGGUGUGUCAUGCGAAUCCUUCGGAGCGUGCCCGUUUUAUUCGCUGCGUCUACAAUCUUCUGCAGUCGUCGUCGCCAGCGGUGAGAUACGAAGCAGCUGGCACCUUGGUCACGCUGAGUUCCGCUCCAACAGCUGUCAAAGCAGCAGCAUCAGCUUACAUUGAUCUUAUUGUUAAAGAAUCUGAUAAUAACGUUAAGUUGAUCGUACUGGACCGACUAGUCGAUUUGCGGUCAUCUUUGACAAGUGAGAAGGUGCUGCGUGAAAUGGUUAUGGAUGUCCUGCGUGUUUUAUCGGCUUCUGAUUUGGAGGUGCGCAAAAAGACUUUGCAGCUAGCAUUAGACCUCGUCUCAUCGCGCAACGUGGAGGAAAUGGUGAUGUAUCUUAAAAAGGAAAUUGGUCGCUCAUCAGAUGGGACAGCCGAAGAAGCAGAGCGUUACAGGCAGAUGCUUGUGCGAACACUGCAUUCAACAACAAUCAAAUUUCCAGAUGUUGCGGCAACGGUUGUACCAGUGUUAAUGGAGUUUCUCACGGAAGACAGUGAGAAUGCGGCGCAGGAUGUUUUGGUAUUUGUACGGGAAGCUGUUCAACGAUUGCCACAUUUGCGUCCAGUCGUCCUCACGCAGCUUUUGGUA